UUGGUCGUCGUCAUUGGAUUAGCAUCCAUCGUUUUCAUCCUCGGCAUCGAUCCCUUCACUGUGGCAUACACACUCGCCCACGGCAAGGUGACGCACGAUCGCACCCACGUAGCGGGGUUCCUGGAGAACAGGCAGUUGCGUCUCGGGUUCUUGACGGUGCUGGCCGGCACGGCCCUCACCGGGCUCUCCGUCGGGGUCAUUGCAAUGGAUAGUUGGGGGUCUGACGAACACGUCGCCGACGGGCCACUCAUAGGCGUGCUGCGUUCGUUGCGGGAGCGUCAGGCCAGCGUCCCAAAGGACAAGGCCUUCGCGCUGAGCAGUGUCCUGUACAGCCUGGACAUAUCGCACGCAGAUGCGAACCACGAUCUAUCGCUGGGCGAGGUGUAUCACCGGCUCUUCCUCGACCUGUUGCAUUUCCAGCCUGCGGUGAUAAACUUGCUCGUCGACGUGAACCCGGCAUCAGGUUGGGAAAGGGAGGUACCGUCUUGGGUUCCAGACUGGAGCACCAUCAGGCAGAGGCCUUGGCUAAAGCCAGAACAUGUCUACGACCACAUUGAUAAGUACCAGGACAACCUACCUGCUCCGCAUAUGAAGAUCAGUGAAGGGAAACUUGGACUAUGGGGGACUCUGGAGGGCACCGUAGCUGCCUGUACCACGACAAUGUUUGACCGACAGAGUUUCGCCUGGGAUGAUCUUCAAUUCCCGUCCCAGAUGCUCUCGAUGCUGUUGCGGUUCUUCAUCCAGGCACAGGAUAUCUUGACCGAUGCGAGCCCUCCCGUAUGCUUGUCCGCGGAGAUCGCUCGAGUCGUCAGGGGGUGCGUGCCUAACCUCGAUGGACAACACACAACGGCGCUCACAGAAUGCCUCGAGGCCUGCAGUCAAAGCAUGGAGGUGAGCCAACGGAUAGAAACACACUACGGGGCAAAUGAUACAUCACUCUUCGCGUUGGUCGAAGACCUCGAAACAAGCCACCGAGACAAUUUAGAUUUGGCACUGAUGUGCUGCAGUCAGCUCAUGAGAAGCGAGAGCUGCCUCUUCCUCACAACACAGGGCAGUGUCGGUGUCGGCCCGAUUGAUACGGAAAAGGGAGACACAAUCGCUCUCCUCCGCGGCGUCGCCGUCCCCAUGCUCCUGCGGCCAGCCGAGGAGGAACAGGGGAACCAGCACACGUUUUCCGUCAUCGGUCCCGCGUACAUCGAGAAGCAUAUGGAUUUGUCCGAGUUCAACGCCGGCGUUCACGGGAUCGACUGGGUUGCUGUAUACCUCGUUUGA